AUGUCAGGCAAGCUCGAUCAGUCACUUGACGAGAUCCUCAGCACACGCCGAAAGGCUAAUCGAGGACGUCGCCCUCACAAGCCUGCAAAGACUACUGGCACGACGGCUAAGAUUGCUCCUGUAGGAGGAGUCAAGAAGUCGGUGAAAUCGGCCAAGUCCGCCACUAAAGGAGUUCCAAGUGGACCAUCAGCUCCUCCAAAGGAGAGCAAAAUCAUUGUCACCGGCUUGCCCCAUGAUGUCAAUGAAGCCCAAAUCAAGGAAUACUUUGCCAAAUCUGUUGGACCAGUUAGAAGAGUUUUGAUGACCUACAACCAAAACGGGCGCAGUCUCGGCGUUGCUACAAUCAUCUUUUCGAAGGCAGAUGCUGCGGUGAAAGCGGCUAAAGAUCUGAAUGGCAUGCUCAUUGAAGUUAUUGUGGAUGCAAGCAACGCACCAGCUCCACCAACUGUGAAGAGUCUAGGAGAUCGUGUGGCGUAUGCAAGAUCUAAUAAGUCUGGUUCAUCAACACCACUGACCAAAGCUAGCGCAAACCCAAAAGCUCAGCCGAGGUCUGCUACCUCUACCAAAGCUACCAACGGCGCUGGCAAGAAAGCAGCGAACAAGGCAAAAAAGCGAGGCAAGAAUGCGACCCGUUCCAAGCCAAAGACAGCCGAAGAGCUCGACGCUGAGAUGACCGAUUACUUCACAAACAACAAUGGCGGCGCCACUACCAACAUGACUGACGCAAAUGGCACUGCGAGUGGAAAUGCUCAACCAGCCACGGCUGGCGGAGAGGACCUUGGAAUGGACGAGAUAUCUGUGAGCUCUUCGGUCGAAUUCAUCACCUAG